CACACUGCGUAUUUGUUGUUGCUUGCCGUUGCGUCGCGUGUGUGUCUCUUUGCGUAACGUUCAAAGUUUUGAUUUGUAUUUUCUCCGGCAUACAAAUCCGCCAAAGAAAUGGUGCUAAUCAAGGAGUAUCGCGUAUGCAUGCCGCUUACGGUGGAGGAGUACAAGAUCGGACAGCUUUAUAUGAUAGCGCGCCACAGUCUGGAGCAAUCGGAGGAGGGCGAGGGCGUUGAGGUGGUGGAGAACAAGCCCUGCGAGGAUCCCGUUCACGGCAAGGGCCAGUACACGGAGAAGCACAUUCACUUGUCCAGCCGACUGCCCUACUGGAUCCAGGCCAUUUGCCCCCGAGUCUUCUAUGUGAUAGAGAAAUCAUGGAACUACUAUCCGUACACGCUAACAGAAUACACGUGUUCCUUUAUACCCAAACUAAAUGUGCUCAUCAAAACUAAGUACGAGGACAAUAAUGGCAGCACAGAAAACUGUCUGGAUCUUACUGAAGAUGAGCUCAAAGUUCGAACUGUGGAUCAUUUGGACAUAGCGUUCGAUGAGGUCAGUGCCAAGCAUUAUAAGAAGGAAGAAGAUCCCAAGUUCUUCAAAUCCGAAAAGACAAACCGUGGUCCAUUGAUUGAAGGAUGGCGGGAAACGGACAAGCCCAUUAUGUGCUCCUACAAGGUGGUCCACGCCAGCUUUGAGGUAUGGGGUCUGCAGACCAAAGUGGAGGACUUCAUUCAGCGCGGAAUUCGGGAGAUUCUACUACUGGGACACCGGCAGGCUUUCGCAUGGGUGGACGAAUGGCAUGGCAUGACCCUGGAGGAUGUUCGCGCCUACGAGCGUCAAAAGCAGGCCGAGACCAAUGAGAAGAUUCACAACACAAGUGGUGGCGCAAAUGCAGCGGCCAACGCCAAAGAGGCAAAUGAUGGCGAUAUUGAUUGAGAAUUUACCUAAAAUGUAGGAAAAUCGAAGUAACAAAAUGCAGGCUAAAAUAGUACCUUCAAGGCCUCGCGGCAAGCUUAAAAAGUUUCAUAGGAAAUAUCUUAUUAACGUACGCAUAUUUAUGUAUAUACAUACAUAUAUAUAUAUCAUUGUCUAUGCAUUUCUAUGGUCCAAAGAAGCUCAGAGCUCUAGUAACUGCCUGCAGCGUUUAAAAGUACAAUGCACAAGCACCUAGCUGGAAACUCGAAACCAAAUAAUUGUUACAAACUAGAUCACGCAAUUUUUUAGUCAAACUUAUAAGCGUUACACAGACAUCCUAGUGAACGGUUUGCGUUAACUAUAUUCCCUAGUUUAGCUCACAUCUAAAUGUAUAUUUUGGUGUACAAAUACAAACAAUUUUGGUGUACAAAUACAAACGAUUAAACAUAUUAGAAAUAUACCUAUGUCAUAUG